CAUUCGGAGACCACCCCGACGGCUCGGCGGUCGUACGUUGGCACGUUGACGUCAGUCAGAACGUUACUCUCCCAUCCGGGUCCUCGCGCCUCUCGUGCUCAUAUUUACUUUGUCCAGACGGGAGGGAAAAGCUCAGCGCGUCUUAAGCGUGUUGGACACACACAGCCUCCCGUUCCCCGCGCGCUGUGAUGGGAACCUCGCGACGUCCAGCAGCCCUGAAACUAUUCCCGCCUUUGCUGGCUUUCUACUAGAUUUCCCCCCUAAUUGAUUGAUCGCGUGAUUGGAUACUGAUUUUUUUCGCAACCACUUUUCGCAACAAGUGGUUUUACGCCCGCCCCCCGAUGCAUUCGGGUUUUUGAUGGCUCCGAGGGGACCAUGGAGAUAGCCUUGGUGAGCUUUGAGAACGGCGGUGCCAAGCGGACCGCGGCGGGGGGCAAUGCCGACGAAGCCUGCCGGAACGCGCUGGAUCAUCACCAACCCCAACUCCCUUUCGUGCAGACGGGACUCGGAGAGGACUACGGCAAGGAGCUGAACACCCUCAGCGGCUGCGGUGGUGGUGGAGGUUUUGGUGGUGGUGGUGGUGGUGGACUUCAUCCACCUGCCCGGCGAGGCUCGUGGCGAAUCAACGACAUGAACAACACGUUCGGCUGCAGCGAGGGCUCCAUGGAUGCGCUUUUACGCGCGGACCACAGUCCGCACCUGUUCGACGAGGACACGCUGGAGCUGGACAACGUGGAACGGGACACGGAGUGCAACACGGAGCGCGUGCUCAUCAACAUCGCGGGGCUACGCUACGAGACGCAGUUGGGCACCCUGAACCAGUUCCCGGACACUGUACUCGGGGACCCCGCCAAGCGCAUCAAGUACUUCGACCCGCUGCGCAACGAGUACUUCUUCGACCGCAACCGGCCCAGUUUCGACGGGAUCCUCUACUUCUACCAGUCGGGCGGGAAAAUUCGGCGGCCCGUCAACGUGUCCAUCGACGUUUUCGCGGACGAGAUCCGCUUCUACCAGCUCGGAGAGGAGGCCAUGGAGCGGUUCCGCGAGGACGAGGGCUUCAUCAAGGAGGAGGAGAAGCCGCUGCCCCAGAACGAGUUCCAGAAGCAGGUGUGGCUCAUCUUUGAGUACCCGGAGAGCUCCAGCCCCGCGCGGGGCAUCGCCAUCGUGUCCGUGCUGGUCAUCACCAUCUCCAUUAUCACCUUCUGCUUGGAGACGCUCCCCGAGUUCCGGGACGAGCGCGAGCUACAGGUGACGGGUCGCCUUGACAACAACAGCAACAGCACCGGCGGCGCCCCGCGUCCCUCGCUCACCUUCACGGACCCCUUCUUCAUCGUGGAGACCACGUGCGUGAUCUGGUUCACCUUCGAGCUGAUCGUGCGCUUCUUCGCGUGCCCCAGCAAGUCCGAAUUCUCCAAGACGGUGAUGAACAUCAUCGACAUCAUGUCCAUCAUGCCCUACUUCAUCACCGUGGGCACGGAGCUCGCGGAGCAGCAGGGGGGGCAGGAGCACCAGCAGAACGGCCAGCAGGCCAUGUCGCUGGCCAUCCUGCGCGUCAUCCGCCUGGUGAGGGUCUUCAGGAUCUUCAAACUCUCGCGCCACUCCAAGGGGCUCCAGAUCCUGGGUCAGACCCUCAAGGCCAGCAUGCGCGAGCUGGGCCUGCUCAUCUUCUUCCUGUUCAUCGGCGUCAUCCUCUUCUCGAGCGCUGUGUUCUUCGCCGAGGCGGACGAGCCCGAGUCGCACUUCUCCAGCAUCCCCGACGCGUUCUGGUGGGCCGUGGUCACCAUGACGACGGUGGGCUACGGCGACAUGAGGCCAGUGACCGUGGGGGGCAAGAUCGUGGGCUCGUUGUGUGCCAUCGCCGGGGUGCUGACCAUCGCGCUGCCCGUGCCGGUCAUCGUGUCCAACUUCAACUACUUCUACCACCGUGAGACGGACCAGGACCAGUCGUCGCUGAAGGACGACCCGCCCAACCCCGACCACGCGAGCCCCGAGGCGAAGCGCCGCGGUAGCAAGUCCUCCACCAAGUCAGAGGACGUGGAGCACAACGACGGGGGAGGCGGUGCGGAUAAGGCGAAGGACGCGAAGGGGAGCCGCGGAAUGGCCAUCAAGCGCUCCCUUUACGCGUUCUGCCUGAACACCAGGGACAUGGACCUGUAGUGUUUGAGACGUUCUGCUGUGGUUGUGACUGAGACGCUGUUAGUGUGCUGAUAGGCCUGUUUACUAGGGUGCUGUACGAGCCAAGGAUCCACACUUUGUAAUCCUGGAAAGGGAUUCAUUGACUGCGUAAAAUACGCACAAAUGAAAACCAUUGCCAUCCCAAACUCCGGUGAACAUUAUACCCCCAAGUUUCUAUAGGAUCCAUUAAGAAAUAUCCUUAGGGCCCAUAUUAUAAAACUAAAAACAUAACAUUUAAACAACAUAGCAUGCACUGCACAUCACCCCUUAAACCGCAAAAGUCCAGUUAUUUUUUAUGCUUUUAUGCUAUUUUGCAUUAUAUAACAAAUCAGAGUUAUGUUCGAAGUGAACGGCAUUAGUAGGACGUUUAUAAAGUGUUAGAGGGAGAGAGAGUGCACUGAUGAUUGAGACUCUGGAUGAUUACUUUACGCGCUUUCCAUUACGCACUGGAUGACUGGCAUCCGAGAGAGGGCCUUCCCCGCUCCCCUCACGGAGCCGCUGGCCCCUCCUGUACAUAUGCCUCUGUAGAUAGAGAGAACCACAUGGCGAUCAGCCCCGACGGCUUAUUUUCGUAUUCUUUCAUGUUUUUAGUCGUAUGUUUACUGAAUUGGAUAACACUGCGCAAAUCGAUAUGGAGAUACCCCCUGAACCGCCUGCUGUUUGUUGUUGUGAUCGUGUUGUUUGGGAUGUAAAAGAAAAAAAACUGAAAUAACAAUUUGUUUUUUAAACAUAACGCUAAUCUCGCUGCCCAGUUUGAUUCACUCAGGUCUUUAGAAGUGAGUGAGUUUUUUUAAUUUUUAAUUCAUUUUAUUUUUUAUGGCUAUGCCCAAACUCAACCCACUACCUAACGAGGACUCACGGAGCAUUUUGUUCUCUCAACACUGACAGUUUUUCCGUUUCUGAUCACGUGACCAGAAGAGAAAAGAGCAAACGAAAAAAAAUUAAAACAGACCCACUUUGGAAGUACCGCUGGAAUAAACCGGAAAUGGGACUAGGAGACCGACCAAUCAGGAAGGCGUCUUGGGGAAGUCCUCAACCAGUUGACCCACCCCAUCAACUCCUCCCCCGCUGGGCCACCAAGAGAAGCUCCCAGGAGGAGCCAGAGAGAGAGAGAGAGAUCAGCCCACUGGAUCCGGUCCUCGACCGCCCAUAAUAACUGCCACCCACUUCAGAAAGCUGUGCCUUCAACCACUCGUUGAUAUUCGACGCUUUUCUAUUCAUUCAUUUAUUGGUUCAUUUAUUUAUUUUUGUUAAUUUAAUUUUUUAUCAUUUUUUUUAUUAUGGAGGCAGCAAGCCACAUCAUUGGCCACCCUCUGUUAUUUGCGCACACAAACACACUCACACACUGUUUUCUUCUUUUCCAAUCGAGGACAUCUGCCCGAUGCUUUGGGGACCAUCGAACAAGUUGCUCUCUUGUUCCCGGGGUGGGGGGGUGGGGGGGCAGAAAAAGAAAAGAGAGAAAUAAAUAUAUCUAAAAAUAUAUUAGAAAAGGACAUGCAAUUCUACCUUUUUACUUCUGUGUUUCUGUUUCUUCAACUCGUGUUAGUGCGUUGCUUUCUAUCAGAGAGACCUCCUUGUGCAAUAUCAGUCAACAUACUGUAUGUGUGUGUCAAGUCGUCAUGUGGAAAAUGUAGAUUUCAGAUAGCUUUACUCGGUUACCGUUUAUUUUUGUAACAAUGUUCUCCUGAUGUAUAUUUUUCUAACAACAUUACAUGAGCUCAGCAGGAACCAAUAACUCAACGCGUCCAGGUUCAAGCCCCUAGCUUGGAGGGUAUUGACCACCUCUCCUUGAAAAGAGACCUAUUGACUUAAGAAGUCAUUAUUGACCUAGCAUGUUCCUCAGCUAGGCUAACAGGACAUUGCGUGUUCCUCAGUAAGGCUAACGGGACAUAGCGUGUUCCUUGGCUCGGCUAACUGGCCAUAGAAUUUUCCUCAGCUAGGCUAACUGGCCAUAGUGUGAUCCUUUGCUAGGCUAACAGGACGUUGCGUGAUCCUGAGCCUAGGCUAAACUGGACAUAGUGUGUUCCUCGGCUAGGAUAACGGUACUAAGUUAAGGGGACCUAUCAUGUUCCUCGACAAAGCUAACAGGACCUAGCAUUUCCCUUGGCUAUGGUGAUCUAGCAUGUUCCUUAGCUUACAGGACCUAGCAUGUUCCUUAACUAACAGGACCUAGCAUGUUCGCGGUUGAGCUAACAGGACCUAGCUGCUCUACCAGGGCUACAGCCAUAGUCUUUCUUGGGUUUUGAAAUACAACGGCUUUGAACAACACUGCAUAACGAAGGAAACUUCCUUAUCAUCAAGUGUCCGUCACAGAGAUUCAAUGUUUUAGGUACCUCCUGUUGGUUAAACUAAUACUAGUUUGAAUAUUUGCGAUAUUUUCACUAGCUUUGUCAUCAGCGAAGGAAAGGUGAAAUUGUGUUCUCAACCUUUGUGUGGCCUGUAUCUUCUUGCCGUAGGUCAAUUUUCUUUAUUUUAUUAAUUUUCUCGAAUUUUCCUGCAUAUCAUCGAAAUAAGUGGCAUGAGUAUGUUGGUGAGUGAGUGAAUGGCUUUAACGCAUUUCGGAAAAAAAGAGUCAAAGACUAAUGUUUUAAACUGUGUUAUUGUUUGGUUUUUUAAAUCCACUUUCUGCAAAUUGUGAAAUGUUUGUUGUUGUUUAUCCUCUGUAAGCUGCCAUCAUUGUACUGUGUAGAUUGAAGUCGCCCAGCCUUUAUCCCUACAACCUUUUAGUCCUAGACAACAAAAAAAAUACAUAUAUAUUUUUAUAAUAUUAGGUUAAUCAGAUGCAGUCUGGAUGAUCACCAUUAUAAAAGAAUAAAAGUAGCUAAACUCAUUCAAGUGCAUCAGUUGUCUCCAUCAUGUUCUGCCACAUAAUCGAAACCAGCAUAUUUACUUUUGAACUGACUGCUGGAAAAAAAGAAAAAGGAAAUUGUCAACUGAAAUGCAUGGUUUGAUUGAAUAGACCUAGUUGUAUAUAUAUAGUGUUGAAUCUGAGCUGUUGUGUUCUGAGGUCAUUAAGAGAGAUUUUUUCCUGUGCAGAAGUGGGUGAGUGAGUGAAUCAUGACUGUACGCUGCCUCCAUCCAUCAAGUACCUUUAUUUUUUGACAUUGUAUCCCAAAAACAAUGCUGCCAAAUGAAGCCAAAUUUCUGAUGUUCUCUGUGUGUAACUGACGUUUAACAUGUUAAACCUCAUCCUUGUAAUGUUUGUGUUUUUAAACAGAGAUCCUAAUUGUUACAUUGUUGAUAUAUGCAGAUCAUACGGAGUAACAAAAUAAACAAAAUUAAAUACA